ACCUACUACUGGUGCACCUGCGGGCGUUCCAAAAAGCAGCCGUUCUGCGAUGGCUCUCUCCAAGGGACUGCGUUCAAGCCCAUGUCCUACACUGCAACGGCAACUGAGCAGCGAAAGCUGUGCCAGUGCAAGCAGACGGCCAACGCUCCCUUCUGUGACGGCAGGCACAAGAAGCUG